CGGGGCCUCCAGAGCUGCCGUCGCAGCGCGAGGUGACGUCAAGCGGCGCGCCUUUCUUGACUUCCGGGUGAGACAGCAAAAACAAACCACGCCGGGAAGUGUCACGUGGUUGAUACCUGCAAAAGCCCAGCUUCUGUUCCGAUGGACAGAAAAUCCAAAUUGCCCAGGGGAGAAAGGAAAGAACAUUGGAGCUUUGAGACGUUGCCUAUUUCUAGAUACAGGAAGAAAUUAGUGGAAGCCGUCCGCGACAAUGCGUUUCUUGUGGUGACCGGCGAGACAGGAAGUGGAAAAACCACUCAGCUCCCGAAAUAUUUAUUCCAGGAAGGGUUUGCCAACCAUGGCCUGAUUGGCGUGACGCAGCCACGGCGAGUGGCUGCCAUGUCUGUGGCACAGCGGGUGGCGGAGGAGAUGAACUGCCCUCUGGGAAGCACUGUAGGCUACCAGGUUCGCUUUGAAGAAUGCUUUUCGGAGGAUACUUCGAUCAAGUAUAUGACCGACGGCUGCUUGCUGAGGCAGGUACUGGCAGACCCGCAUCUUUCCAAAUACAGUGUCGUCAUCCUCGACGAAGCUCACGAGCGGAGCCUGAGUACGUUCAGCCUGAAAAAGUUUGGGGUGAAAAAGCGGAUUGUUCAGUUCAAGCUGAAAAAGCAGCUUGGCAGGAACUACAUUUCCCAGGAGUCCUUGGGGAGCGAAGCAUUCCAACGGGCUGGCCGAGCUGGCAGGACGGCAUCUGGGCAGUGCUAUCGAGUGUACAGCAAGGAAUUCUGGGAGGAGUGUAUGCCUGACCACAUGGUUCCAGAGAUUAGACGGACCAGCUUGACAUCUGUGGUCCUCACCUUGAAGUGCCUCGCUAUCCACGAUGUCAUAAGAUUUCCGUAUUUGGACCGCCCAGAAGAGAGGCGCAUCCUGGAAGCCUUGAAGCAGCUUUAUCAAUGCAGCGCCAUUGACAGGAGAGGCCGCGUGACCAAACUUGGCGAGUUCAUGGUGCAAUUCCCCCUCCCUCCAACCUUGGCGUGCGCCGUCAUACAAUCCAUUUCUCUGGGCUGUGAACAUCUGCUGCUCCCAAUCGCAGCCAUGUUGUCGGUAGAAAAUGUCUUCAUCCGGCCAGGUAAUGGUGACAGGCGGCUGAUGGGUGCUGCUUUCCCCUCCCCUUCACUUGGUUUCCUGCUUUCUCUGGCUUCCACGAUUACAGCCGGCUUCGCCCCACAAGUUGUCCAAUUGUAA